AUGGCCGGCGGCAUCAUAGAACUGGCCGAUCAGCUGCUGCAGUCCAAGGCGGCGAAGCUCGAUUCUGACCUGAUGCAGACGCUCAGGACAUGCCUACGGCGCAACCUCACCUUGGUCAGUAUACCAGAGGUCAGUAUACCGGAGCAGGUAGAGUCCGAUCGAGCACCGGCAGGACUAGGAGACAGCAAUCCACCGGACAAACUGCUUGCCAUUACGGGUCCAGAUCCAGACAUCCAGGCUACAUGUAAUCCGCCACCACCAAGCAACCAUGGUGUAGGGGAACAGGAACACAACUACAACCCACCCGUGCAAAACGUCCUGGGCAAUGGCUGGAUGGGCCAUUUUCCGCUGCCGAAUGGCGGUGCCUCUGUCGAGGGGACCAGGCAAAUCUCUCAGCCGGACUCUCUGAGUAUCAACAUCAUCCACUUCGCCAUGCGACGGGCGUACUUUGCUCUUGUCGCGGCAGGUAGCCCUGCCCACAGCCUGGCUCUGUGGGCCUUCAAGUCCAGCCUCCAGCAGCGCUCUCGCGAGGAGGUGCUAUUGAAUCUUCGCUGGGUUCUUGGCCCAGGCCAUGCCACGCUCCAUCAACUGGCCAAACGUCCGCUCCAAGCCCUUGAUGCCCCGAAAAACGUCCCCACGCUCCACCCUCUGGUCGAUGAUGCAGCGAUGCAAUCCUUCAAGGACUUGUACCCUCAGGAGACGGAGCCGUUCCUGAGUGCCCAAGAUGUCCAGGAGCUCCUAGUGUACAAUGGGCUUCGCUACAUCGACAACGACGUCCUGGAGCUAUUCAUCCAGAUAGAUGCUGAUGGACGAUGGGUCAUGCCCUUUCCAGAGGCUCGUCCCAUCCGGCAGCCUUCGGAUUUCCUCAACCCGGAUGUCUUUUUCCCGUCCUCGAGGGCCACCACCCGCUCCCAAGGCGGAGUUGGGUCCCGCUCUCCCAGGAUGACACACAUCUACAUCUCCCAGUCAACAUUUCUGUACCAUCUAUCCAGCUUUACCGUAUGCCUGGCUCACGGACCAGCAUUUGUGAGGGCUUGUGUACAGCAGGUGAUCAAGGCUUCUCUGAUUGACCUUGAAGUGGGCUAG